AGCCCUCCCUCCUGCAGCAGAGGCAGCGUGGAGCCUGUGGGUGAUGCCCUGUCUCACACCACACACGGGGGCGGCGCAGAAGUGGGCAUUAAUGUGGUCGGUGGUGUAGUGACGACCAUUUUUAAAUCUCUUUGUGUGCGUGGGGGGAUGUCGUGCGCCGCAGGUGUGAGGGCGGCGGGGAGCGCACAGCUGACCGCCCGCAGCUGACUGAGUGAGUGAGGCUGUGAGGCUGUGCGGCUGUGGCUCAUGGCGGAGUAGCCUGGCGUGGCGUCUGUCCCCGCGAUGGUAUGGCUGUGUCUGUGUCAGGUGGCGUAGAGCGGGCGGACAUGGUCACUAUGCGGGGUGAGGGCGUGGCUGUGGGCGGCGUGGCGACAGUGACCACGGACAGUGCCGCCUCGCAGGGCCUGGCGCUCCCCGGGCAGUGCCGCCACCCUAACGGCACGGGCGCAGGCACAGGCACGCCCACGGGUACGCCCAACGGGGAGGCCGCCCAGUGGAAGCCGGCGGGCCAGGAAGCCUCCAAGAUGGCCAAGAUUCGCGACGUGGUGGAGAAUGCUGCAAGUGUGUCCAGCAAGUGUGUGGUGGAGAGCUUGCUGCAACAGGUGGCUCAGCUCAGCGAUGUGGAGAAGUUCCUCCUUUACCUCAAGUUGCCCGUCGGCCGCCCCCCUGACGCUGACCCCCUCAAACAGCCGCUGAACCCCCUGGGCAGCCGUUGUGAGAUCCAGCUGACCAUUACCUGGAUCAAGACACACCUGGAGAUGAACAGUGAGGUGUCUCUGCCCAAACGAGAGGUGUACAACGAAUACAUGCAUUACUGCACCCUAAACAACAUUAAGGCGCUCAGUACGGCAGACUUCGGUAAGGUGAUGAAGCAAGUGUUCCCUGGCGUGCGUCCUCGGAGGCUGGGCCAGCGCGGCGCCUCAAAGUACUGCUACUCUGGCCUGCGCAAAAAAUGGACCUUAGAACCACCAGACCUUCCCGACCUUAAUGACAAUAUGGCCAAGAAAAAUAUGCUGGGGGUGGACUGCGUAGUGGAGGAAGGGGAGGUGGACCGCGCUGCCACCUGUCUGGUUCUGGAGUGGGCGGAGAAGCUGUGUUCGGUGAAGUUUGAGUGUGUGAGGGACCUGGCGUUGCAUCUCGUCAAUAAGAACUAUGUGGACAACCGAUCUGUGGCCGCCUUCACCCUUCUGUCCCUGGCUGACCACAAGCAGGGUGUGCUGGUUGGGGGAGGCGUCGGAGGAGGAGGGAAGCACCGGGAGACACAGAUACAACUGCAGCGGAAGUUACAGGAAAAGGAACACAUUAGGGAGCAAAAGAGGAAAUUGCAGGAGCAGCAGCCGGCGGUGACCAAGUGCAACAGCAGCAGCGGCGGCGGCGGCGGUGGCAGUGACCGGCCCAAGUCUCGGCGUCGCAGUGGCACACAGCGCAACCCUUCCGGUGACACCCACACCCCCCUCACCAAUGGCACCCCACCCCCUGCCACAAAGCUGGCACCCUCCGCCACCAAUGGCACCUGUGAGACCGUUGGUGGUGGCGGCGGCGGGGACAGAAGCUUGCUGCGGUGUGAGCUGGAGAAUGGUGGCAGUGGUGGUGGUGGUGGUGGUGGUGGUGGUGUUGGGGAGGGCAGUGUGGUGGGGGGCGUGGCCAUCAAGCAGGAGGAUUCGCUGGACUUCCUGGAGUCCCUGACGGAUGAGAAGGUGGCGGAUGGCAAGUGUGAGGAGGAUCAGGCAGCGGUGGUGGCCGCUCUGUCCCUGCCGCCCCUCAGGAGGAGCUGCAGCACCCCAGCGGGCACCCUGGAGGCCAAGAAAACCUCCCUGGGGACCUGCAAGGUGACCCUGUCCAAGGCCGGCAGUGGCAAGAAGACCCUGCGCCUCAUGUCCAACCCAGGCACAGCACCGGCCAAGCCACCCUCACCCAAGCCACACUUCAAGGUGAUACAACCCAUGCCGGACACAGCCACACACUGGCUCAGCAUGGAGCUGGGGACACCACAACACCACCAACAACAGCAGCAGCAGCAACAACAACAACAACAACAACAACAACAACAACAACAACAACAACAACAACAACAACAACAACUGCAGCAGCAGCAACAGCAGCAACACCAACAACAGCAGCAGCAACCUCAGCAGCAGCAGCAGCAGCAACAGCUUCCUACCAAGGUGGACUCCCUAUUGGGGGCCACCCUGACAGGACAGGCCACACUGGACAUCCCUGUCUCCCUCACCCACCAGAUACACACCAACCACCAACAGCAGCAGCAGCAGCAACAGCAACAGCAGUUGCAGCAGCAGCAGCAGCAGCAACAACAACAACAACAACAACAACAACAACAACAGCAGCAGCAGCAGCAGCAGCAGCAGCAGCAGCAGCAGUGCCAGCAGACCACAGGAGGGGUGGCAGUGAGUGGCGGCGGCGGCGGCGGUGGCGGCAGCAAUAACAGCAGCAAUGGCGGCAACAGCCACGAGGCGGAAGAGGAACUGAUGCAGUACUUCCACAGGAACCCGGUGGACCUGGACGAGACCACCCAGCUGUCUGAGCUGCGCAAGCUGCUGCAGAUCAACCUGCCCAGCGGCCUGGCCCGGGGCGGCACCACGCGGCCUAUGGGGGGCGAGGGGGACAUGCUGGAGCAGGAAGGGGUGGGUGUGGGGGGGAUCCGCCGCAGGGUGAGCUUCCAGCCCUCUCUGGAGGGGGCGGAGACCCUCAGCUUGGUGGGGGGCCAGACAGUGGGGUCGGUGCCCCCCAGCCCCAACACACGCCGCACACAGUUCAACUUCACCCCGAUUGGCACCAGCCUAGAGCAGACCCAGGGCGUCUCGCAGUGCUCCAGCGCCAAUGCCAGCCCCUUCAUGUCGCCCCGCAACACCCCGCUGCCCCGCUCCCGCCACAAUUCAGGGCAGACUUCCUCCACCUAUGUGACGCCGCGCAGUACACCCUUCACCCCGGAGCAGCCCGGCGGGGGCCACCCAGUGCCCUCUGAGAGCAGCACCCCCUUCAUGUCCCCCAUCCCCACCCCGCUGUUCCCGCGCUCCAGACACAACUCCAGCCAGAACCUGCGCACCAUCUACACCCCAACCUGCCGCUCCAGACACUCCUCUGGCGCCCCCAGUCUGCGCCAUGCCCCAUAUGGCGCCGACGACCCCUCGGGGCGCCGCGCCGGAAAGUUCCCCUCCAGGCACUCUUCCGGCAGCGUGCCGCCCUCCCCCUCCUCAGCACCCUUGUCCCCUCUGGUGCAUGAUAACUCCCUGCACCCCCAGCAGGACGUGGCUGGCCUGCAGCUGGGCGGCUCCUCCAUGCUGCAGCUCAUGCUGAAGAGCAAGCCCACGCCCGGCCCGGGCCAUGGCGGGGCCGGCAUGAAUGACCUGCGGCGGCGGCACAUGUCAGCGGGCCCCACCAUCCACUACCAGCCCCAACCCCCCUUCCCCGUGGACCCCCUGGCACAGGAGGUGACCAGCGUGCUCACCAACCCCCAGCCUGGCACCAGCGCGGCCCAGCAGGCCCCUGCCAACCGCCCCCAGUCCGUGCCGCUGCUGCAGAUGCUCAACAUGCCGGACAGCUUUGCCAAGUCGCAGCCCAACACGCCGCUGGUGGGGCAGCCCUUCAGCUUCUCUGACUACUGCAGCAUGAGCCAGGCCUCCUCCUACGCCCCCACCCCUGUCCCCAGCGAGUACAACGACUUCACCCUGGAGAUCGACCCACUGCUGGAGGCAAACCUGCAGGGUGAUGGGGCUGCCUCGGUGGGCCUGGACCCCCUCGACUCCCUGUCCCUGGCCGGCGCUCAGUCCGGUGACCUCUCCGCCCUCUCAGACCCCCUGGAGGUGCCCCCCAACAUCAAUCCCUUCGAGGCGUACCAGGGGGACGGCGGGGGCGUGCGGGAGCCCCUGGAGGACCGGGUGCUUGGGGAGGGAGUGGGGGUGUGCAUGGACCCCCUGAGGGAGUCCCAUGGCAGUGAGGGCGGCGAGGCGCGUGACAUGCAGGAGCCACUGAUGAACCCGUCCUCCAUGCUGACCCUCAACGCCCUCAACCGCUCCGCCACGCUGGAGUCAGGGGCAGGGACGGGACUGGAGGACGACUUCCAGCCCACCCUGGCAGACCUUGGGGACCAGGAGGUGUUCAACUCCCUGGUGCUGGAGGUGAACAAGGACUGACACCACACCGCCGGCUGGGCCAAGUACCUCACCUGAGCUCCUGAGUGAGGCUGCUGCCGCUGCCGCUCACACCGAGCACGGCUGCCCAGACCUGGCACCGUGGAGGCCGGCCCGCCCUGCCCUGUCCCACCAGGACACCCACAGCGCUGGGGAAGCCGUGGCGCGGGGACCCAGUGUCUUGCAGACUUACUUAACGUGUGACCAAGUGUCUUGAAGGAAGGGAGGGAGGCACCACCAUGUGUGGGAUGUGGGGGUGUGGUGGUGGUGACUGGAGGACCCUGAUGAUGCUUGCUGUCCUCACCCAGUGUGUGUGUGUGUGUGUGUGUGUGUGUGUGUGUGUGUGUGUGUGUGUGUGUGUGUGUGUGUGUGGGGCCCCAGGGAAGGCCUCAGCCACACACUGAGCUGUGAGGUGCAUUGCUGUGUGGCAGGUGUGAGUCAGCAGUGAGGCAGGAGUUGAGUCAGAAAGGAGACACACACUGUCAGCACCAGGAGGGCACAUGAUGGUGUUGUGAGCCACAGGGAGCCACACCAGGAGGCCACAUCAGGGAGAGGAAGAUGAAUAUUACAACUUUCACUGAACUCUGUCCUCACUCAUCGCCACACCAGCCACCAAUGUCACCAAUCUCCACCAGGCUGUGUUUGUACUCUUACCUGCAUCACCCAGCACACCACACAACACCACCACUACCACCACCACCACCACUGACACAGCACUUCUCUGGCUGCUGUGGCGAGGACUGGUCUUUGCUUAGCUGUGGUGUCCAUUGCCACAGCCUGUUUUGACUCCAGGGGUUCCAAUACCUGAUGAGUUUUGUUUGUGCCGCAGCAGACAGCCAAACAGACAGCCAUUAGUUUCUCCAGGCACUGUGCUCUCUGACGCUUCUUUGCUUCACUUUCAUAGGCUCUUUAAGGUUCUAGUGGCUGUUGUUGAGGUGUUCAAGACUGCUUCAUUCAUUGUCUUGGCAGUGUAACCUAUAUUUGGCAUUGUUAGUAAAGAAAAGCAACAUAAGAACACUAUUUUGACUCAUUUUAAGGCCUCUCUAACUAUUUUCACUAAUUUUAAGGCCUCAGUAUAUUUUCUUUAGGUUUUCAAGAGUGUCUCAUUUAUCAUUUUGACAAGAGUAGCAUUAAAAACUCAAAUAUCCAGGCUUUCUCCUGACCAUGAUAGAUAAACCAGAAUGUUCCAACACUGCCAGGAAGAACCACCCUGAAAAAUACCCAAUGACAGGAAAAACACCCUUAAAAAUUCUGAUUACUGCCACUGUUUGCCUUCAAGAAUUCCUGACAAGAGAAGCACUAAAUCUCAAAUAUUCACUCACUUUCAUGACUUCAACUGAUAAACCAGAAUUUUGCAACACUGCCAGGAAGAACCACCUUGAAAAAUCCCAACACAACACUGAACACCUUGAGAGACUAACAAGACAAGCAUUUAAACAUCACCAUAAGAAAUAAACCAGAAUUUUGUAACACUGACACCAAAAACCACAUUGAAACACCCACACAACACCACAAUAGACCAGAAAUUUGCAACACUGACACCCAAAACCACCUUAAAACACCCACACAACACAAUAAAC